CUCAGUCCAACAACUAUCCCUUCUGUUGUCACCGCCGCCCUUCAGCUUUCAAUCACUGCGUUUGUCCGACAUUCCUGACCUUUCGCUACUGUUUGCUUUAUUCUACCACCCUCGCAAUUCUCCCCCGUCGGCCCUCUACCUCGUGUCACUCUCUGCCUGUUCCCACGCCGGAUUACUUAGAGACCGACCUUUCACACCCUCGAGUUACGCCUUUUUCGCUGCCGCACUGUGACGCAUUCUGCCGUCGGAAAAAUACCCUUUUACUGUUCCGUUGUCGAGGAAGAGAAGAAUCAUGUGUUGCCCACUGUGACACACUCGUCAGGGAGAACCACUACUACCAGCGCUCCUCCGAUUCCUCCUCUUCAUUGCUCCAAAACACCCUCAGGAGAAGAUGAUGAGGCUCUCUCCCUCCGAUAUUCAGUCAUGGCUCAGAAUCCAAACGACCGUCCGGACGCUGCUUCUAUCAAGCCCGUUUCCUCCCUGAGGUCUCACUUUGAGGGUUUGAAAGUUUCUCAGCAACCUUCUGACGAACGAGGACCUAGUAUCCCACCAUCUCCCCUCGCAUUGCGACCCGUCGACGCCUCCUCCCCCUCUCCCGUUGUUCGGGCUUCUUUCGACCUUCCUCGACCCCUUUCACCAUGGGGAGGCACCACCCUUAUCACUCAGCCUUCAGCCAAAACAUCUACAAAAGGAACAGCAUCUCCUCCCAGAUUCACUCACAAAAGACCCAUGUCCAUGCUACUCCCUGCAUCUCCUCAGUUGGCCCCUUCAGUGAAGAUCGAUUCUCCCAGGUCUCCUCCUCGUACCUUCUUCGACCGAAGUGCCUCCCGAUCUCCGGAGCGAAUCGACGAUACUCCUUUUGCCAAAGUCCGUGAGCUAGUUUCUCAACAUUCGAGUCGAUCCUCCAGCCGACCCUCGAGUCCUCGACGCCCGAGUGUGGCGGCCGAUGUAGCAGCUUCUGUCAAAUCCCGCGAAGAUGAUCCGGAAGCAAAAGCUGCCACCAAGCAGCCCAUCAAGCCUCCUCCCCCUGUCAACCGCGCCGACAAGCCCAAGAUCCCUGCAAAGCCGGUAACCAUUGCUAUGCCCCCUCCUACCACCCUCGAUCCAGAUUCGCGCAGACCUUCAAUGGAUGCAAGAGUGUCUCCUUUCAGCACACCUCCAAGCAGCGAUGAGAGUUCACCGGCAAUGAGUCCUGAUCUCGCACCACCUUCUGUCUUGAGACCCUCAUAUCCCUCUCACUCGUCACCAAGACCUGUCCCAUCACCGAGCCCGACUCCUCCCUCUGAGCAAAGCCCGUCGAGGGGCAGUGAUCCCAGGACCAUGGGUUUCUCCUCCAGACCCUCUAUGGCCAGCGAGCGCAAGGAUCCACGCGCUAUGGGCUUCGCCAGCCCACACCCAGAAGCUCGACCCCCACCCCAACCUGCCCCCGUGCCUGCCAGGGCCAGCACAGUCUCAGACAGGGUAGUAAGGGAUCCGCGUGAUUUGGGCUUUUCGACUGUCAAACCCACUCCGCGGGUUGUUUCCGACCAGAUUCGACGAGUACCGUCUCCUCCGUCUGCCUCUGUCUCGAGAGCUCAGCCUCUUCGAGACCCCCGUACUCUUGGCUUCUCAAGCAAGACUGCUCAGGACCCUUCUCCGAGCGAUUUAGAACAUCGUCCGGGUCUUCCACCUCGACGCCCACUGGAGCCACCGCCUCGGCCUUCGAAUGAAUCAAAAUAUAAUAACCGUUCCGUGCAUGCUUUACCACCAACCACCACUCCAGAACGGCCAGAACGGCCAAAACGCCCAAUCUCAUCAGCUCCGGUCUCUCGUGCGCCAACAGCUUCCAUAGAUGGCCGCUUCCCGCCACCGCCUAAGCGUGGCAGUUUAGACGAUCACGAGCAGAUAGCCUCAGCGACCACAAGCCGAGCGCAAACCUUUUCAAGAGAUACUGUCCAUCAUCCCGAUGGGCUCCCCAGGAACUUGAGAGAUGACUCUGACGAUGCUGAGACGAUGGUUGAAGAACCUGCCACCACUCGCUCAGAGUACCCGGAUGCUACAAACACCAACCGUCGUCCGCCGUAUUGUAAAGAUUCUCCCUGGGAGAUUCCCACAAAGUCAGACUCGCGAAUUGUCGAUGUUUCCGGCAAAUUCCUGUGUACAGCGGGCUACACGACCAGGGUCUUUGACAUGUCUACCGGUGCCCAAGUCAUGAGCAUUAACCACGGUGAGACUGUCAAGGUCACGGCAGUUCUGUUCAAACCCGGCGCAGAUUUGGCUAGUGAGGGGCAACGACUCUGGCUGGGUACCAAUAUUGGUGACAUAAUGGAAGUCGAUAUCGACACCCACACCGUCAUGACCACCAACUCUUCUCACAACAAACGAGAGAUUGUCCGAAUACUUCGCAGCGGUCGUGAUGUGUGGACUCUGGACGAUGAUGGAAAGCUGUUUGUGUGGAAGGCCGACGAAACGGGCGUCCCCAACCUUAAAUAUAGCCAUGUCUCCCACAAGGUGCAAAAGGGCCAUACCUUUUCCAUGGCCGUGGAUGCCAAACUCUGGCUAGCGACAGGGAAAGAAAUCAGAGUGUACAAGCCAGGCAAUGAAUCCUCAUUUGCUGCUCUCACAAAGCCUUUGUCACAACACGGCAGCGGCGAUGUGACGUGUGGGACAUUCUCGACAGAAGGCGUGCAGAAAGCAUACUUUGGCCACAUCGACGGUAGAGUCACGAUCUACUCCAGAGAUGACUUCUCCUGUAUAGGCAACGUCAAGGCCAGUGACUACAAAAUCAACGCGCUGUCUUUCGUGGGUGACAGGUUAUGGGCAGCCUUCAAAACCGGGAUGAUCUACGUCUACGAUACAACCUCAUCACCGUGGAAGGUCAAAAAGGACUGGAGGGCGCACAACGGUCCAGUCACGGAUGUCCUACUAGAUCCUGCCAGUGUGUGGACAUUGCAACGCCUCCAAGUAGUGAGCAUUGGUCAUGACAAUUUUGUGAGACUAUGGGAUGCUGCGCUUGAAGAUGAUUGGAUCGAAAGUGAGAUGCAAGAAAGGGAUGUUGAGUACUGCAAAUUUCGUGAAGUCCGCGCCGCCGUCGUCACGUGGAACGUGGGAGCCUCGACGCCUUAUGAUCUGCGGAGUGACUUCAUAUCGGAUGCUAUUCAUGCCGAAGAUCCACCUGAAAUCCUUGUCUUUGGUUUUCAAGAGGUCGUCGAUCUCGAAGACCGUACUGUGACAGCCAAGUCGAUUCUUGGGUUCGGCAAGAAGAAGGAUACGGUCAAGACUGAACAGUAUCAAUCCCGAGUGUACCGAGAAUGGCGCGACUACCUCUCCAAAGUCAUAUCCCGGUACAGCACGCAUUACAACUACACUGAAGUGCACACCUCAUCCCUGAUUGGCCUGUUCCAAUGCGUCUUCAUCCGUCAGGUUGAACGUGCCAACAUUCGUGACUUGGAGGCGGCGAGUGUCAAGCUUGGUCUCAAGGGCCACUACGGCAAUAAAGGUGCACUUGUCACCCGAUUUGUCCUUGACGACAGCACGAUCUGCUUUGUCAACUGCCAUCUUGCGGCUGGUCAAACCCAUACCUCUCAUCGCAAUAACGACGUCGCCACAAUUCUCGAGGCCGAAGCACUUAGCUCACAACGGGACCCUGAUGAGCGAUCCUCGCUGUAUGUCGGUGGGGGAGACGGCACGCAGAUUCUCGACCACGAGAUUUGUAUCCUCAACGGAGACCUCAACUACCGCAUCGAUGCCAUUCCACGCGACACGGUGAUCCAAAUGAUCAAGCGGGGGGAGCUGACGAAACUGCUUGAACGUGAUCAGAUCAUGGUGUCGCGCCGCCGUGUGUCGGGUUUUCGAUUGGCACCUUUCAACGAGCUGCCCAUCAUGUUUGCCCCGACGUACAAGUACGACGUGGGCACGGAUAAUUACGAUUCGUCAGACAAAAAGCGAGCCCCUGCGUGGUGCGAUCGUCUUUUGUACCGGGGCUCGGGUCGCGUCAAGCAAAUCGAGUAUCGUCGGCAUGAAGUUCGCACGUCGGAUCACCGGCCGGUGAGCGGCAUAUUCAAAAUCCGGGUCAAAACGAUCGACAAGCGGCGAAGAGGUGAAGUCAAGGAGGACUGCUACCGACGGUUUGACGGCGUCAAAAAGGCGUUGGCUGAGAAAGUCAGCGUCGAGUACCUCGUUGGGGUUCUUGGCGUCGAAGCCCAAGAGGCGCGAGAUCUGUUGAGGGGUGCAUGACAGAGCGCAAGUAGCCAUGUUGAACUAGACCAAGGUAUGUUGACCAAAGUAGAUCGAGUUGGAGAACGAGGGCUGGAUCAUGGCAUGCGCCGAUGAAAGGAAGCUAGAACGCGAGAGGUGCCAUAUCCGGAGGAUAACGCGGAUAAAAUGCAUGAUAUAACGACCUGGAAAUUCUGGAAUGAGUGAAUGAAUCAAAAGAGUAU